AUGGCCGACUUCUCUGCCGACCCCAUCUCGAACUGGCGGACAAUGAAGCACAUAAUGAAGCUGGCGGCGCGCAAGUCUCGCGACACCAUCACCACCUUCUCCGCCUCCGAGCUCAUGCCGAUCGAGAGCCAGAGUAUUGCCGGGGCCAUCUCGUACCAGGACCUCACUCUUGCCCAGCGGCUUCGUAACGACACCACCGCAGGGGCACGACGCGUCGACAUCCACCGCCGCGCGAUCUCUCGUGCCGACCGCGCCGCCUUCGAGACUGAGCACUCCGCCAUGCAACGCCAGAUCGCGGAACAGACUGGUGAUUACCAGCAACCGGCUGGGAAUGACAACCACGACUCCAUGAAGUACCUCAACGAACGCUCUGAAGCAUGGGCAGCGAGAUGGAUCCCCAGCGUGUUCUUCGGCCGCGACAUGGGCAACUUCAACGACUGGAUGGACUGGUGCGUCCCCUACGUCGCAGCUGUGCUACACCGCCCCCAGUUCAAUGCGCGCUUCAGCCUCGACGACGCGUUUGGGUCUGCCAGCGCUCGCCGUGACAUGGCGACGGAGAUCUGUUGCGGUGAUGACGGCGACACCGCGUCUACAACUACGACCGCCACCACGCUUCCCACCCACUCCACCAGCGACAUCAUGACGGACUCCGAUACCUCCGACCGUGACGGACUUCUUGGCCGCGCUGCUCUCCCUGCUAGUGUUGAACACGCUUGGCGCGAUCUACGGUCCCACCUGGCGAACUCCACGGCGUCGCUCUCCUGGCCCGCGGUCGAGACAUUGUCAGGCGCAUGGGCGACCUCGCAUCGCAUGCGCGUCAACCCUCACAAGAAUACCUGUUUGUUCGGCUGCGACAAGGACUUGCAGGCCAAGAACACGGACGACAUCAGCCACUACAUCUCGUGCCCACGGAUGUGGGCGCUCUUGGCACAACCACGUGGACGACUUGCUGGCGAUGCCCUCACGCGCCUGGGCCUCCACCGGAACGACAUCAUCGACGACCGCCCGAUGCGCGCCAUAACGCGCAUGGCCGUUGCCUACCGCAGUUACAACAUCAUGCGGGUGCGCUCCGAGAACGGCAUGCCCGCCGACUACAACGACUACGUCUACCACAAGGAGGUUGUUGCCGCCGCUCGCUGCGCCUUGAGGAGCCAGGCGCGGCGCGUGCAGGGGUGGCGCGACGAGGCUUUGGUUGAUGUGGCCCACAGCCAGCUGCCGAUUGUAUUGACCAUGGGUGGCCUUAUUGCGAUGGCCGCUGGGUGCUACCGCAUGACUCCAUAUUUUGUAGUUCUGCUGCUGGCGGCGCAGCACUGCUACCGGAGCGCGCCUUCUGCGGCCCGCGCUGGCCUGUCCCUGGCCUGCGUGGCCGUCACGUGGUUCUACAUCGUGCGCUUUAUGGUCACGUACGACGGUCCCAUGAAUUCCUUCGAUGCCGCAUAUGCAGACGUGAUCUGGGGAGGCGCAGAUGGUAAUUGGGCUAUCACGCAGACGUUGCUAUCUUGGGCUGUGGUGGCUACAGUGUGGGCUGCCGAUUCGUCAAUCUUCUACACGCUCUUUGGCGUGCUGGGCGCCAUGAAGCUAUCUGCUGCUGGCCCCGGAGAAGAAGCCCAGUCCGAGGGUUCCUGCGGCUUACGCGGUGUUUUCCCUGCUCGCGUUCGGGUCCAUAGCAGUGCUCCCGUGGACGACGACUGA